AUGUCUGAAAUUUGUGAAGAAAUCAACUCUUUGAAGGAGUCAGACGACAAGGAACGGGCCGACUUGACACUCCAUCUGGCGAGGCUCCGGUACCUUAAAGGUUUAAACCAGGUUGGCUUCUUCGCCGAUAUCCGAUGGUACCCGGAACAUUAUCCAACAUCUUACUAUCUCGAUGGCCUUUCUAACUUGGCUGAAUGUCUUUGUCUGGCAAAUUAUCUACAGUUCAAGGAGAUGGUGAUUACCAUUAAGUUUUUAAAGAAGUUGUUAAAGCCGCUCAUACCAUAUAAAGAAACGGAGGAGGGUGACGAUACCAGGAAAAUGUUUGCCGCUUACGUUGGAUAUCUUUGGGGCGAUGAAGCAGCAGUUCUAACGCAGAUAUUUGAAGAGCACCCAGACUUCCACCGCGACAUUCAGAGAUUCCUAGAAAUGGACUUCCAUGCGACCAAAACACCUAUUGCCGCGAGUACAUUAUGCAAGAGAGACUCAGAAGAGUCCUGGGAGCUAACCGGAGGAGGAAAAAGGAGAGGGUGGUACUAG